AUGGCAAUUGUUAAAGUUGAAGAUUCGGAAAAUCAAGUUGAAGAGGUUCUAUUGGCGGACAGGUGAGGGGAAAGCUUUAAAAUGCGAAAAAUUGCAGUUUUUCGGGGAAAAAGACCAAAUUUUUCUGUUUUCGAAGUAUUUUCUCACUAGUAUCAGAUUUAAUGUUUUUUUGUAAUUUUUUUAGAAAUUCUGAAUUUUUGCUCAAAAAAUUGCCCUAAAGAUCACUGAUUCGACCGUAGGGUUCUCUCUAGGGACCACUUUACCAAACCCUAUAGGGGCUACUAAAAAUUGAAAAAGUGGCCCCUUUAGGGGACAUUCUAUGCGAAAAACUAGAAAAAAAUAACCUUUUUGGCUAAAUUUCAAAGACCCCUAUAGGGACCACUUUGAGCUUUAGGAGCUAAUCCUAUAGGAACCACCUUAAUUUUACCCCUGUAGGGACCACUUUGGUUGUUUUCCGCCCUAGACCCUAUAGGGACCACUCUGGGAUUCCUAAGUUUGCCGGAAAUUGUGUUGUACAGAAGGCUCACAAAGAAAAAAAAAGACCAUUCUUGGUCAAAAAUCAAGAAAAAUAGUUUUAAUCGCCUAAAACCAAUAAAUCAAAUGAAAAAUUUGAUUUUUUUAAAAUUUCAGAUGGCCGGAAUCCCGCCAUGCUCUUCUGAAGUUGCCCAAAUCGGUUUUAAAAUCCCCCUAAAUUAUCGAAAAAAUGAAAUUUCAAGGAACCGGACGAUUUCAUCGUUGCAGCCGUCGGGUUGAGUCCAAUUGAAAUCGAUCAAAGGUUUUUAUCAAUGGAGCAACUUUUGUCACAGAAAAUAGCCAUUUUCAGAGCUUCUUUGAAUCUUCCGGAAGCCCUUGAGCAGGUUAUAAAAAGCGCUAUUUCUUUAAAGAAUUUUCAAAUUUUUCCAGGAAGUUCCCAUUGAAAUCGACAAUGUUGAAGCUGUGCUCGUAGAGCCUGAAAAGGUGUCAAAAAAGCCGAUUUUUUGAGUUUCAUUGGCAAAUUUCCAGAAAGUUCCCGUCAGGGGGGCCAAAUUUGAAGCGAAUCGCGAAGAUAUUCUGCUGGAAGAGGACGAAAAUCGGAAUUUCGAGACAUCUGCGAAUUUACCGGCUUCUGAUGAGAAUGUAUGAUGGAAUAAUGUCAAGAGAAAUUUUUAGAAAGGGCCAAAAAUUCUUUAGAAUUGAAAAAUCCGACUCGAAAGGCUUGAAAAGUAUUGAAACUUCACUUUUUAGAAGAAAAAUUUGGACUGUUUUGGCUGGAAAUUUGGAGUUUCACGGAUAAAUUUCAAUUUAAGAGGAACCUGAAGAUUGAAAAUAAAAAUUAAGCUUUACGUAACGUGAAAAAAACACAUAGAUGACCUCUUUUUUUACAUUUCGAUCCUUAAAUCGGUUCAUUUUUAUUUUGAAAGAUGCCCAAGCGAAAAAUUGGCUUCUACGGUUAGUUUUGUGGUCCUCUAAGUUAAAUAAUUCAUUAGAAGGUUCAGAGAGGAUAGUGAAUUUUGAAGGUAAUAGUUAGCACACAUAAGGAGGAGGUUCAACUUCGAACUUGUCAGAAUUUUUUAAAAAUUGGUCAGUUGAAGAUUCUAAGUGUUAAUCUUCCAAAAAAAUUCUAGUUUUUCAUGAAAAAGAAAAAUACUUGAAAAUUGAAGGAAAUCAUCAAAAAUCCGUAGAAAUAAGUCCUUUUUUUGAAUUUUUCUGAAAAAAAUGAGAAGAUUGAGACUUUUAAUCAUCUGGUCCAUCCAGAAGAAGCUGAGCUAUUUUUUUGAAAAAAAUAUGAAGUGAAAAAAAAUUUUUUUAUGCGGUGAAGAGUAAAAACUUGACAAAAAAAUGGUUCUUCACCUUAUUUCGAUGAUCAUUUCCUAUUCACAAAAAGUUUCAAUCGAAAUUUAAUUUUGACGACUAUACUGACCAUAUAAAAAAAAUGGGAAGGAAAAAAAAUUGUCGAAAGUUUUGUUCAAAAUAAAAUAGUGAAUUCCAAAGUUCCAUCUUCAAAAAUCCCUCUUUUUUUCGAAGAAAAAAUGGCAAAAAUUAUAAGAACUAAAAAGGUUCGAGCCUGCGUGAUAGGCGUGCAAAUUUUGAGGCGCGCUUUUUUUUUAACUUCUUUGGAUUCAGGAUGUCCGAAUGUACCUAUAUACCAAGUCUCAUUAAACUCCAAUACCUCGACCUUUUGCACUUCCCGUGUCAGAUUAUUUUUAAAGCUGAAAUUCUAGGUAGUGAAGCCUGUGCGGCUUCAGGAGCCAGAGGUUCCCGAAGACUUGGAGGAGGAGAUAUUCGACCCGUCGAAGCAGUUCGACAAGGCUGACGUCGACAAGAUGAUGGAGUUGAUCAUCGACAGGGCCUAUGAUCCGAGGAUCUUCUUGAAGGAUAUCGAAGGUUUUGAAUUGGGCGAGGUGUAUAAAGAAUAUUGUGUGCCUUUUUUCGUGAUUUUGGAAAAUGACUCGAAAUUGAAAAAAGGGAUGAUUCGAAACUGUGGAAGCUUGACUUUGAAGCUUUUUUUCAGUUUUAUCCGAUUUUGUUCGAUUUUUCACAACUUUCUUAUGAAUAAUUUGAAAAUUCGGAGAACAAUUGUUUGGACUUGACUUGAGUGAUCACUAGGGGAGAAGGUAGAUCUAAGAGUUCACUUGAGGGAAUAUUUCAUAAGAAUUUUUAGUAGCCACUUGAAAAGGAACGAGUCCCUUGUAUUCGUGGAAGCUUUUUUCAAUACAAAAAAGUAAUAAUCUUCCCUUUAGUGACCACUUGAAGUGGAAUGAGGGAAAGACUCUUAUGUCAAAGAAGUGAAAUUUCCUUUUUUGGUUUCAAAGAUCAAUUGUCCUUGGAGCGAAUAAGCUAUAUAUUUGAGGGACUAAACUUUGAAAAUUUACAGGUGGGACGUUGGAUCUUGUCUCAUAUGAAGGCGAGUCGAUUGUUGAGGUGAGGAAAAUCGAUUUCGAAGAGAGAACCUUGAAAGGGUACCUUGAAAAAGUACCUUAUACCUCAGAGUACCGUAAAAGAGUACCUUUUAAUGUUAGAGCAACUUGAAAGAGUACCUUAUACUUUAGAGCACCUUCAAAAAGUACCUUUCAACCUUAGAGUACCUUGAAAGAGUAUCUUUAACCUUAGAGUACCUUGAAAGGGUACCUUUAACCUUAGAGUACCUUGAAAGUGUACCUUUAACCUUAGAGUACCUUGAAAGAGUAUCUUUAACCUUAGAUUACCUUGAAAGAGUACCUUCAACCUUAGAGUAACUUAUACCUUAGAGCACCAGGUGCUCCGCACCUUGAAAGAGUACCUUUCAACGGAAUUUUUCAAAGAAACGUUUUCCAGGCUUCGGUUUUGGAAAGUUCAAACCGAAACUGGAACCGUAUACUGUUCUUGUGCAACUCGAUGGGAACUGGUCUUCGGCGACAAAGUUGAAAAAAAUUUUUUUAAAAGAAAAGUACAUGAAAUUUUUAGUUGUGGUCGAAAAAUCGUCCAAAGAAGCCUACCUCCGCAUUUCCCUCCAAUGCUUCCCCUGGCGGCUGAUUGGAGCCCAAAUUCCAGUUUUCCGCGUCGGAGAAGAGAAAUUCGCGACGUUGGUGGUUUUGAACCUUGUUCGGAAAAUAUCGAUUAAAAAUUUUCCAUAGAUUCGGUUUCGUAAGCUUUAUGUGUCGAUGGAGCGCGGAAAAUAGCGCAUUUGAAAAUGUCUUCUUCCAAAAAAAUACUUAGUGAAAAAAAUUCAGAAAAAGGUGAAAUAUACAAAAAUUUUAUUUUGAAGGAAAAAAAUGUUUUUUUAAGGUCCAGCCAAAAUUAGUUUUACCCAUCAUUUUUUUGAGAAGAAAAAUAGCUCAGAAAAAAAUUCGUGUCAUGAGAAACAAAAAAAUGAACAAAUGCGCUCCACUGAUAAUAUUUUUAGCUCAAUUUUCCAGAACUCCGAAGUACGAGAGACGACUCCAGUCACAGUUAAUCGAUUCGCUCUCCUGCCUCUUCCCCAACACCCCCUACAUCAUUACCACGCUAGUUCUCGAAUUGUCGACCGAUUAUGAGCUCACCAAAGUUGAGAAAAAUACAAUGACAGAAAAAAUAACAAAAUUCAGAGCUUCUUCCUUGGGGCUGGAAAGUUGCUGGAGAACACUUAUGAGGAGAAGUCGCUGAACCGCGUCAUGGGCGAGACGUUCAGAGAAAAGUUGGACGCCAUCUCCAACAGGUCGGACGCCACCGAGGCGAUCGAUCUUUUGGUGCAGACUUGCCGGUUAGUUUUUGGAGUUUUCGGUGUUGUACAUGGAAUUUUGCUUAGAUUAUCAAGAGAUCACAGGAGAAACAUUCUAAGUGAUCCCUUAGGUGAAUUUGACGGUCCAUGUAAGAUUCUUGGAGUGAUCCCUCUAGCAGUAUUCCAAGAAGAUCUUGAAGAGGUUUUCUAGAAGAUUGGAGGAGCGAGUAGGCACUUAAGGGAGGAGCUGAGGAUCCUGAGAAGGAGCUAGAUGAGUACCACGUUGAAAUGAGUCCCUUAAUCGAUCCCUUGAACUUUUUUCAGCCCCCAUUUCAAGCUUUUGAAGUGUCCUAACUCGAAAACGAGAUCUACUGCGAGAAAAUGUUUUCUUGUUCUGCAAUCAGGGGGCCCUAAAAUACACUUCAGAGAAGUUUUAUCAGAAUUUCAACCGGACCGGGGGGUAAGAAACGUUCCCUAGUAAACGCUUUUGAUUGAAGGAAAUCAAGACUCUGUCUGUUUUGAGUCAAAAAGUGCAAAGUUCCACGCAAAAAAGAACCUUUUCGAGACAAAAGAAAGUCGCGCACAAAAGAGUUGUUGAUAAAGAGAGCCGCCACCUUUUGACGGCGUCUUCUUCGCCAGAUGCCCGUCGAAGGCGUCACGAUGGCAAAAAACAAACAAAUCUCAAGUGCUUCGCCAAAAAAAAUCUCUUUACACUCAGAAUGCGGCAGCUGUUAGAUCACAAUGACCGAAAUCUCAAUAUCGAGACAAGGCCUUUAUUUGUGAAUUUUUUGAUUUCUCAACUUUUAUGUGUACUAAACGUAGGACAAAUCGAUCAAGUCGGAGAGUUGUGCCUCUGUUCCAAACUCGGCAUUUUUAAAAAAUUUACCCUGUUACUUACAGAUCAUUUUCAACUUAUUUCAAGGAAUUUUCGAACACACAAUUAAAAUUGAACUCUUGAAAGACUUGUAACUAAUUUUUUCAGCGGCGAACUGGCCUUCGAAGCUCGCCUAAACUUCCGGCGAGACUACCUCGUCGGCUAUCACAAACUCGCCCUCUGGAUCUCUGAACAACGCAAGCAAAAUUAA